UCUAAGGACUAAGUCUUUGAGUUCAGGAUCUAAGACUUUACCAACCCUAAUUUUAGACCUGACAGAUUUUAGAUAUAAUGAGAAAAAUAUGAAAUCAGGAUAUUUUACUGUAAGAAAAAGUUACAAAAAGAUUGAAAACUACAUGAUUAGAUAUAAGUGA